GGAGUUCAACGUUGUUCAACCAUCUUGCAGUAUAAUAUUAUUAUAUUAUUUGAACUAUCAUAGUAUAAUUGGCUAAUUAUUAGAAGAUCUUUAAGAAAAACAUUUUUGUCAUGGAACACAAUGGCAAGUAUAAAGGUCCGACCGAGGAAAAUAAUAGUGAGAUUGUGAUAAAUGAUCUAGACACUCUAUCACGCAUAAUCGAGAAGCCAAGUGAUGGCCCAAAGGAUUCCAAACCAGACAACGGCACUGACAGCAUUAUUCCAUCCUCUGGUGAUGUAAUUAAGCACUCAGUUAAUAAAAAUGAUGAUAGCUCAAAUACAGAUUGUGGUAAGAGGAACAUCGAUGACUGCGAUGUACCAACAGUCAUUACUGAAAACGAUGAAAUCGCAAACGCUAGGAAAAUAGCAGCGUUUGUCAGGAAAGUAUUGCAUAAUGAAGUACCCGAUGAGAAGAUGGAAUGGCCAUUAUGUUUAUUGAUUGAAUCUAAUCGGACGGUCAAAAUUUCUCAACAAGAACUUCAAAACAUGAUCUUAAAUAAAGCUGCGGAAGUCAUGGCCACGCAUGGCAAAUCACAUAUUGCAAAACAAAUGGUUAAUAUAUCUGUUUGUAAAGAACAACAACGCUUAUAUUAUAAAAAAUAUAAACAAUUAUUAAACUAUGUAAAUACCGUAACUUCCGAACUUGAACUCUUGAAUAGAGUGCCUGACGAUGAAGUUAAACAUGUUAGAAAUGUUGGAACUUAUGUGGUUAUGCCCACAAAAAAAAAAAAGUUGUAGUUUCCACUGCCGGUACUAAACUAAGAAACUACUGACUACUAAUGUGUAAUAAGUUUAUUUUUAUAACUUGUUUUGCUAUAUAUAUUAAUUGUAUUCUAUGACUAAGAUUCAUUUUCAUAUAAAACAGAAAUAUAAUUCAUCAUCAUUUUUGUGAUUAAUAAAUAUUUUAGAUUCUGAGUGGAACGAUGAAUGUAUUGA